AUGCUGCUUGAUGGCAAUAGCUCCUUCUCUGUUGAAGUUUCCGAGUUCCUCCUGAAUUGUUUUGUGAGGUCACCUUGGUUGCAGUUCUGGCUAUCUAUGCCCCUCAGCCUCCUUUUCCUCCUAGCCAUGGGGGCCAAUAGUAUUCUCCUGAUCACCAUCUGGCUGGAUGCCGCUCUGCACGAGCCCUUGUACUACCUGCUUGGCCUUCUUUCCUUGCUAGACAUGGUGCUCUGUCUCACCGUCAUCCCCAAGGUCCUGCUUAUCUUCUGGUUUGAUCUCAGGCCCAUCAGCUUCUAUGCCUGCUUCCUUCAGAUGUACAUCAUGAAUAGUUUUUUGGCCAUGGAGUCUUGCACAUUCAUGGUCAUGGCCUAUGACCGUUAUAUAGCUAUCUGCUAUCCACUGAGGUAUCCAUCCAUUAUUAAUGAUCAAUUUGUAGCUAAGGCUGCCAUUUUUAUUUUGGCCAGGAAUGUUCUUUUCACAGUGCCCAUCCCCAUUCUCUCAGCACGACUCUAUUAUUGUGGGAAAAAUGUCAUCGAGAACUGUAUCUGUGCCAAUAUGUCAGUCUCUGGGCUCUCCUGUGAUGACACCACCAUCAAUCGUCUCUACCAAUUUGCUGGAGGCUGGACUCUGCUAGGAUCUGACCUCAUCCUCAUCUUCCUCUCCUACACCUUCAUACUACGAGCUGUGCUGAGACUCAAGUCAGAGGGUGCUAUGGCUAAGGCCCUAAGCACAUGUAGCUCCCACUUCAUCCUUAUUCUCUUCUUCAAUACCAUCCUUCUGGUCUUUGUCCUCACUCAUGUGGCUAAGAAGAAGGUCUCCCCUGAUGUGCCAGUAUUGCUCAAUGUCCUUCACCAUGUCAUCCCUGCAGCCCUCAACCCCAUUGUUUAUGGAGUGAGAACCCAGGAGAUCAAGCAAGGAAUCCAGAGGUUACUGAAGAAGGGAUGGUAAUAAGGACAACUGGAUCUCUGUACUAUUAAAGGAGAAUGACUUAAAAAUCAGGUAAUGGAAA